AGGCAACCCAUGAUCGCUUGACAUGAGCCCAACGGACUCCGCAGCCCCGGAGUCGGCAGGAGAAAGCAGUGGGCGACCGGCCAAGCGGCAUAGGAUCCCCGUGGCAUGUACGUGGUGCAGGCAACGCAAAUCACGUUGCGAUGGCACAAGGCCCAAGUGUUCAACGUGUCGCGAUCAUGGAUAUGAGUGCGAGUACUCAGACGCAGCAAAUUUGACUCGUGUCUCUGCCUCUAAAGAGUUAUCGGCAAUCGAAUCGCGCUUGGCAAUCCUGGAGCGUUCCGUUGCUGGUCUCGAUGGUCGGGUUUCUUGUGUAGAAGCGCUCAGCGAUGGUGUGCCAGAUUCCCUUGCACUCCCGCAUCGCUCAGCAGAACCUUCGAACGCUGGAGGUGAAGACGUGAAUUUAGAGGCGCGAGACCCCACCGAUGGUAUCGGAUCCAUGGUCUUCACGAAGGAAGAGGAAGCCGGAUUUUUCGGACCCUCCUCUAACAUUGCUUUCACUCGGAUCAUCGUUCGCUCCACCACUUCAAUCUUAAAAGCGACAAUGACUGCCGAAAGCCCAUUGUCCCCAGAAGAUGCUGCGCUACGAAGCCAUAUGCUUCACGUAUCAAGACAGCAUUCUCCUGCUAGAGACCAGUUCUCUCCCGCAAAUAACUUGCCAGUUACUUUUGACCCAUUUUCUCUUCCUCCAGAGAGCGAGACUAAGUCUUUAAUCGAGAUCUAUUUUGAAACUACAGGAGUACUAUUCCCUUAUGUCGAUAAACCCAGCUUCGUGCAGACCUACCAACAGCUCAACGCCGCCAACAUACGAGCCGCGAGGAGAUCAUGGUUAGGACUUCUCAACAUGGUAUUAGCCAUGGCUACAAGUGCAAGCCAUGGUAGGAUAUUGUCAGCAUCCGAGCGUGCCACAAACUCUGACGUCUUCUACCGCCGAGCCCUGGCGCUAUGCGAAAAAAACAUCCGCCAUGGUACCAGCCUAGAGAUGGUCCAAAUGUUCCUCCUAAUGAGCCAGUACCUACAAGGAACAGAACGCUCCAUUGAGACGUGGAACAUCCACGGACUGGCUGUCAAGGCGGCUUAUCAGCUCGGAUUGCACUCACCACACGCUCUCAAGCGGUACCCUCCAUUAGAGCAAGAGAUUCGGAAGCGAACAUGGUAUGGUUGUGUAAUACUUGAUCGAACUUUGAGCAUGACUCUAGGUCGUCCAUCUUCGAUACCCCAAAACUUUGUCCGGCUAGACCUACCCUCGCCACAACCGCUCGAGGUUAAUCCGAACGACUCCGAAACAGGAAAAGAUAAAGCUAGUGUUGAGUUCUACUCAGCAACUAUAUUGCUAUAUGCCAUCACUGGCGAGAUCGUGGACGUCUUGUAUGAUAACAACCUGGGGUGCGAAACUGCCGAGAAUGUCUUCGACAUUGCCUCUCAAGUGCUUCAAUUCGAACAGAAGUUCCUGACCUGGCAGCACUCUUUACCUGCGACAUUGGCACUGGUGGACCCUGAUUUCCUGACGCUGGAGAAUAGUGACCCGGACACCCUGCGAUAUCGUUUCGUCCUGACUGUGCGCUUCCUCAACGCUCGUAUCCUUGCCCACCGUCCUGUGUUGUGCAGAUAUCUUGAGUUUUUCAGCAGCUCCAAGUCUGAUGACCAUCAACUGGCUGUCCUAAUGCAAAUUGGUGGAAGCAGUCUACGAAUUUGCGUUCAAUCGGCGUUGAAGAUGAUCGCUCUCAUGCGGGCAGUGUUGAGUCCAGUCGAACCUCCUCGACACUUGCUGGGCGCCUGGUGGUUUUCUCUAUACUAUACGUUCAAUGCAGCGCUGGUAGUAUAUUCGACGCUGUUAGUGCGGCACCAAUCGCAGAGCCUGCAUCACGUAUCGAUACUGGACGGUGUGGACUUGACUGCAAACUCUCUACAUCAAUCAAUCGAAUGCCUCUCACUGUUGUUCAAGGGGAAUAGGAUGACUGAGAAGUGCACACGUUACACGAGUUCGCUCGCCCAGCUUUACUAUAACAUAUGUCAAUCAUGCUAUGGUCAACCCACCGACACUGCUGGUAACCUCCAAUCCGACGCCUUGAGAAAUAUACAAAUCCCGGGUACAUUGGAAGGGUCAUAUCACCAAGACCUUUUCGACUUUCCCGAUUUGAACGAUAUACAUAUGGGAAUGAGCUUGGACAAUAUCUUCGUCACAGGAUUCGACACUGAGAGACAUUCCAUAUGAAGCGCAACAGAGAUGUAACAAUAUAUCCGUUUGCACGAGAGAAAAUACAACCUAGAGGUUGAUCGCACGCUUGCCGCUACUAGCAAUGAGCUGCGUCACAUCUCUUGCCCAAGCCUCAUCCAUCUUCUCUUCUGCAUCGUAGCCGUAGGCCCACCAUUGCGUCAC